GAGCCGCCAGGGUAGCCGGCCCGAGCCAGCGCCUCGGGCGCGGUCCUCUGCGCGGCUGGGCAGUCCUUUCGCUCCCCGGGGCCGAGACGUCCACUUUGUCGCCUCCCCGCCCGGUGACCGAGGCAGGAACCCAGCUAGUUGUGCCCCGAGGCCAUUCGCCACUGCUGAGCGGAAACAAAAUGUCCGUCAGCGUGCACGAGAACCGCAAGUCCCGGGCCAGCAGCGGCUCCAUUAACAUCUACCUGUUCCAUAAGUCCUCCUACGCCGACAGCGUCCUCACGCACCUGAACCUCCUGCGCCAGCAGCGCCUCUUCACCGACGUGCUCCUGCACGCGGGGGACAGGACCUUCCCCUGCCACCGGGCCGUGCUGGCCGCCUGCAGCCGCUACUUCGAGGCCAUGUUCAGCGGCGGCCUGAAGGAGAGCCAGGACAGCGAGGUCAACUUCGACAGCUCCAUCCACCCCGAGGUCCUGGAGCUGCUGCUGGACUACGCCUACUCCUCCCGGGUCGUCAUCAACGAAGAGAACGCGGAGUCGCUCCUGGAGGCCGGCGACAUGCUGGAGUUCCAGGACAUCCGGGACGCCUGCGCGGAGUUCCUGGAGAGGAACCUGCACCCCAGCAACUGCCUGGGCAUGCUGCUGCUGUCCGACGCGCACCAGUGCGCCAGGCUGCACGAGCUCGCCUGGAGGAUGUGCCUCAGCAACUUCCAGACCAUCCGCAAGAACGAGGACUUCCUGCAGCUGCCCCAGGACACGGUCGUGCAGCUGCUGUCCAGCGAGGAGCUGGAGACAGAAGACGAGAGGCUCGUGUACGAGUCUGCGAUCAGCUGGAUCAGCUACGACCUGAAGAAGCGCCACUGCCACCUCCCGGAGCUGCUGCAGACGGUGAGGCUGGCCCUCCUGCCGGCCAUCUACCUCAUGGAGAACGUGGCCACGGAGGAGCUCAUCACCAAGCAGAGGAAGAGCAAGGAGAUCGUGGAGGAGGCCAUCAGGUGCAAGCUGAAGAUCCUGCAGAAUGACGGCGUGGUCACCAGCCUCUGUGCCCGGCCUCGCAAAACCGGCCACGCCCUCUUCCUCCUGGGGGGGCAGACUUUCAUGUGUGACAAGCUGUACCUGGUCGACCAGAAGGCCAAAGAAAUCAUCCCGAAGGCCGACAUCCCCAGCCCAAGAAAAGAGUUCAGUGCGUGCGCCAUUGGCUGCAAGGUGUACAUUACUGGGGGCCGGGGCUCCGAGAAUGGCGUCUCGAAAGACGUCUGGGUUUACGACACCCUGCACGAGGAGUGGUCCAAGGCCGCCCCCAUGCUGGUGGCCAGGUUCGGCCACGGCUCUGCGGAGCUGAAGCACUGCCUGUAUGUGGUCGGGGGCCACACGGCCGCCACUGGCUGCCUGCCAGCCUCCCCCUCGGUCUCUCUAAAGCAGGUAGAACAUUAUGACCCCGCAACCAACAAGUGGACCAUGGUGGCCCCGCUGCGGGAAGGCGUUAGCAAUGCGGCCGUAGUGAGCGCCAAACUCAAGCUGUUCGCCUUCGGGGGUACCAGCGUCAGUCACGACAAGCUCCCCAAGGUUCAGUGUUACGAUCAGUGUGAAAACAGGUGGACGGUUCCGGCCACCUGUCCCCAGCCCUGGCGUUACACAGCCGCAGCCGUGCUGGGCAACCAGAUUUUCAUUAUGGGGGGGGAUACAGAGUUCUCCGCCUGCUCUGCUUAUAAAUUCAACAGCGAGACUUACCAGUGGACCAAGGUGGGGGACGUGACGGCGAAGCGCAUGAGCUGCCACGCGGUGGCCUCCGGAAACAAGCUCUACGUGGUGGGGGGGUACUUCGGCAUUCAGCGGUGCAAGACCCUGGACUGCUACGACCCGACGUUGGAUGUGUGGAACAGCAUAACCACGGUCCCGUACUCGCUGAUACCGACUGCGUUUGUCAGCACCUGGAAGCAUCUGCCUUCUUAAACGCCGUCCAUCCUCUAGAAAGGUGGGCAGGAGCUCAAGAAACGAUUUCUGUUUUUGAGAGGCCAAAUUUAACGAAGAGAAAGAAAAAAACGGAAAAGAAGUUGCUACAAGACCUGGAUUGUACCAUCGGCGGCACCUUGUAAAUGCUCUAACUGGACAUGAAGGAAGGGGGUGGGGGAGGGGUGGGAUUUUCUGUGCAAGUAGCACAUGGUUUAAAUAUGAAUGAAUGAACCUGUGAUCCAGUCCUUGUCUUGUAAUUGUGGAUUAAUGUCAGCGUUAAUCAGCCCCUCAAAGGGAGAGAAAAGCCGGGCCUUUUCCCUUGCUGUACGAUAUUCAGCAUUUGAUUUCCAUGGGCUCCACCAUUUAUGUGUAAAAUUUGAAAUGGUUGUCACCUCUCUGAGGAGCGAGCUUGAAGCCUCCACGCCAGCUGCUCUUGGAGAUUGAAAGCCCGACUGUGGGGCCAGGAGGGAGGCUGGUGCUGGCCGCAGAGUGAGGAGCCCUGGGCCCUGCCGGUCUCUGAGGGGCUGUGCUCCCCGGGAAGGGUUCCGAACAAUGGGGACAUUGUUGGUAGCUGUUUGGUAGAUGAUCUUUUCUAUUUAUAAGUGACUUUAAACUUUCCCUUGGCUGUUAAGAAAUUUGUUAUAGAUUUAGCUAUUUAUUGUUUGAUGCCUGCAUGCUGAAACAAUGCUUACAGUUGUCUUCACGUGUAUGGACUUGUGUGAAUGGUUGUAUGUUUUGCACAAUUUUGUGGCUGUUAUGUGCUUUGCUGCACAAAAAGGAAAACUUUGGAAUUACAGUUUGGAAUAUAACUGGAGGGUGGGUUGGGAAGGGGAGGGAUUUUGUAAAUGUCAAGACAGGGAAGUAUUACAAAACAGAAACUUAAAUUACACCUAGAGGUAGAGAAAACAUGGAUGGAGGUCACGUUUCUUAGACUCACUGACUGUCAGUGGGGUUUCAUGGGCUCUGGUCACGUAAGGGAAGGCUUCGCUCUGCCCCUUCCAUCAGAUUCACCUCCUUCAGUCUCGGCUACUGAAAUUUGGAAAGGACCAAAUUGCUUUGCAGUUUUUUUUUUCUUUGUGUAAUAUCCUGAAAUCCUGGAAAAUUCUAUGGAAUAGUUCUGUAUAUAGGGCACAGGUAAAGGCAUAGUCCAAAGUUUAUAUAUUUAUUUAUUUAUUACCCUGUGAGAAUGCUUUGCCAUAACCACAACUAACUGGGGAUAAAAAACUGAAUUGUCACAGACAUAAAUUAAUUCAGUUACCCAAUUUGCUUGACCUGGAUUCAUUGUUACCGUUGCUGUACAAUUUAGCAAGUGUGGCAGGUUCUCCAAGACAAUAGUAACCUUGGUACAAUGCAUACCUUAGUGCUUACCUGCAGGUAAGUCUCUAAAAGAACUCUUUGGUGCACAGAAAUGUCACAUUUGGUCACGAAACACCAAAGAAUUGUGAGCAGUGGCCACCGUUGGGGUUUUCUGGGGUAGCUGGGGAUCGGUUGUGAAUACAUUCUUUGCUAGUUUGCAGGCUUGUUUACUAAACACGUGCUGUGAUAGGUGUUAGUAUUAGACUCCACUAGGUGCUUCCUCACAGGUGCCUGGGGAAGACCAGAGUUUAUAACUCUCGCACUACGUUCAUUGAUGUUUCUCACGUUACUGUACUUUAGAAAAUAAGGUUAAAGACUGAUAACAACCUUUUACAUUGUGAGUGUGCUUGCCGUGUCUAAUGACAGAUAAAUCCUUAACAUUUCUCUGCAUCUGAAAACUUUAGACUAAUUGUACAUCUCUGUCCAUGGCAUGAAUACGUGGGCUAUAGGUGGACCAAAAUUAACGAGCCGUUGGAAUAAAAGCAUCCCAGUCCUUGCCAGCAGUCAGUCUUUCGCUCCUCCAUGUGCUCUAAGCGAUGCCAACGUCUCCUUGCACAAUGGCAGCGUAGCCGGGUGUCGUUACAUUGUAGCAGCUACAGCUCCGUAGCUUAUGAUGCAAAUGGGCCGAGAUGUGUGCGCCGCUGCGCGGCUUCUGAGAGCAGGGUGGAUUUCCUACAGCUGUUUCGGAGUUGUGGUCCGUCCUUGAAUCUUCUAUUAAUUACUGUGUGUGAGCCAGAGGGAGCCGUGGUCAGGGUGGGCCCCAGCCUGCAGGGAACUUUCUGGACUCUCCCGCUCUUUGAAUUGAUGUGGGCAUUUGGGCUCGCUCCUCGGCCAUUCUCACCCUGUGAGACGCCCCCCACUUUGAAGCAAAUACAAUUCACAGCACAGUGCACACAAAAACCUUGGCAUGAGACAGAGAAGGUUCUUCUUAUUCUGUGGAUGGGUUGCUGUGGAAACGGAUGACAAAGGGCAGCCUUCCACUUCUGGUAUAAUUGUGGGGCCCCCUUUUCUCUGGGCUUGACACCUGUCUGAAUACGAGUGAUUAGAGCUGAAUAAUAUCCCUCUCUUGGCUGUUGAGUAUGUGGUUCACGUACAAAACUCUGUGUAAGUUGAAGAAGUAAAGUGUUCAUGUUCUUAUGUACUUGUUUCCUAUGACUACAUUUUUGAGGUUUUGUAAAACUGUUGUGUUUUUUUUUUCACAAUGUGAAACUGAAGGUCAAAUAAAUUAUUAGAGAUUUUCUCUUCA